GUCUGCGCGUCCUACUGCCCCGACAAAUCCAAAAUUGAGAUCUGUCAAGAGUAAGGAAAGUAGUUUGAUGAUGCUCCGAGAAAACAUGUUCUCGGCAUGAACUCCAUACUUCGCCGAGGGAAGACAUGUCGCAGUCUGAGUUCACUCAGAUUCAUUUCUUCCCUUGCCCAGUUCUGGAAUUGGCGCAAUCCCUUCAAGCCAAAUCCCGAUGAAAGGAAUUCCAAUCACAGAAUUGAUACUCGGGAAUGUGUAAAGGAAGCUCCUUUUUCCAAUCCAGUAGCAAAUUCAGACGUCAUCGGAUGCUGUCGACAGGAAGCGGGUGAACAAUCAGCUCUAUCCAUUCAAAACCUGCUGAACAACCUAAGGGCUAGCUCAGAUGAAGCUGUUGAGAGGGCACUGGAAGAAUGCGAUCUCGUUCUUAGCGAGGAUUUGGUUCUUGAUGUGAUAAAGCGACAUGGUUCCGAUUGGAAGCCUGCUUAUGCGUUCUUCAACUGGGCAGUUAAGAAAAGCGGGUAUCCACUUGGGUCGGCCGUUUACAAUGAAAUCCUCGAUGUCCUGGGGAGGAUGCACCGGUUCCGGGAUAUCGAGCAGGUGCUCGACGAAAUGUCUAAGAAAGAGUGUCUCUUUGACGAAGGAACAUAUGCGGUUCUGCUGAAAAGGUUCUCAGCUGCACAUAAGGUGGAUGAGGCGAUUGGUUUCUUAUACAGAAGGAGAGAAUUUGGGCUUGAGGUCGAUUUGGCUUCGUUUAGGGAGCUGCUGAUGUGGCUUUGCCGGCGCAAGCACGUGGAGGAAGCAGAAGCUCUGUUCUAUUCCAAGAAGUUUGAGUUCGGUGUGGAAGACGAUAUAACGACCAUGAACAUAAUCCUAAAUGGGUGGUGUGUGUUGGGUAGCGUGAGGGAGGCAAAGAGGUUUUGGAAGGACAUUCUUGCAUCUAAUUGCAGACCAGACAGAUUCACUUAUGCAACCUUCAUCCAUGCCCUGACCAAGAAGGGAAAGCUCGGGUCCGCGUUGAAGCUGUUUCGGGCAAUGUGGGACAAGGGGCCCCGCCCUGAUGUGGUAACUUGUAACUGUAUAAUUGAUGCGCUCUGUUUCAAGAAGAGGGUUCCGGAGGCUUUGGAGGUACUUUGGCUGAUGGAAGAGAAGGGAUGUGCUCCGAAUUACUCCACUUACAACUCGAUCAUCAAGCACAUGUGCAAGAUUCGGAGGAUGGAGAAGGUGAACGAAAUCAUGAAACAGAUGGAAUCGAAGGGAGGUAGUUGCAGGCCUACUGCAUUGACUUACACUUACCUGCUCAAGUCCCUGAAAAAGCCAGAGGAAGUUCCAGAGAUUAUGCAGAUAAUGCAGAGGAAUGGGUGUGAGAUGAAUGGUGACUUAUACAAUUUGGUUCUCAAGUUGUAUGUGGGGUGGGAUCACGACGAAGGGGUGAAGAGUACUUGGUGCGAGAUGGAGAGACAUGGGGUGGGGCCAGACAACAGAUCAUACACGAUCAUGAUUCAUGGGCUUUACGACAGAGGCAGGUACGCGGAUGCUCUGCGUUAUUACGAGGAGAUGUUCUCGAAAGAUAUGCUCAUGGAAGCGAGAACAGAGAUAUUGGUGAAUGCAAUCAAGGAUAAGUUGAAGGAAAGAGAAGGGAAAGGAGAAGUUCACGAUCCGUGGAUGCGCCGACAUAGAAAGCAAAAGAAUAACCUGAGAAAUGUACAUUGAUUGCAGGCUUAAGUAUCGUUCUUGGACUAAACUUCCAUUAGGUGUCUCCUCAAAAAGAAGGGAUUCAUGGACCAAUCGAAGAGCAUCACGUUGUAAUGUAUAAAUGAAUGUUGAUGAAUUACCUUAUUAAACUACAAGAUUGUUAUUAUAUAACAAAAGACUCACUAUAUUUUUUUUUUUAAUGUAAUAGGACAUAAAUAAUAAGAAACUUUACUUUUAGACUUUUAGUAA